CUCUCUCUGUGACUGUAACUCUGUCUCUCUCAUCUCGCCGACUUUCCAUCCCAAAGGCGCCACAACGCCAGGCUCCACGACUCGAACCAUGACUUGCCACCUGCCUGGUCUGCUCCUCGUGGCGUUGCUGUUCGUGAGCGGAGUGCACAGCCUCAGAUGCUACGAGUGCGAUCCGAUCAUGAACAACACGGAGUGCAACGAGCGCGGCCUCAUCACGUGUCCCAAUAUGCCAGGGACCACCUGCGGGACAAUCCUAGUCUACAAAGGCUCCACCUACGUCAUCGCCAAGAGUUGCCUCCCCAAGACCUAUUGCGACACCAUCAAAGUUUUCGACGCCACCUACAGCGGAGCCACGCUGAGCACCACGUGCUGCCAGAGCGACGGCUGCAACGUCAACGCCGCCCCUCGCCCGGUGGGCGCAGCUCACGUGACCCUGGCGCUGCUGGGCGUGGCCAUCAGCGUCGUGGUCAGCAGGGCUCUGGUGUAGCUCGUGACGUCACAGCCGCACCCCCCCCACCCACGUGCCUGGGUUCGGUCCAAUCACUUUUCCCCUUCCACUCGGUUGUCUCACGACGGUUCCACCAGUGGAGCUGUGCAACGUUUACAUCGUCUUGAUUGUCGCGUUACGCUGCUAAAGAAGUUCAACGUACGUAUGGACAAAGAUAGAGACAAGUACACUCGUCACGCAGAGAACCAUAGACUCACCACAUAGAGACCCAUAGACUCAUCACACAGAAACACAUGGAAUCGUCACGCAGAUACCCAAGUGAGGAAUGAUAUACCAUCAUUUAUAGAGAAACAGGCAGUGGAUCCCCGUAGGGCAGAAGAUCAUGGAAAGGUCUUUAACCUGGACUGGGAACAGGUC